AUGAAUCCACUCAAUGAUCAUUAAUAGACAUCUCCCAGAUCCCCACUGCAUGCAAGUAAUGUAAAUUCAUGGUUUAAGAGUAGGCAUUGUAACAAAGUGAAAAAAUCAUACCUCCUAUUUCCUGAAUAAAUUAAGCAAGAGUAAGAGAUUCAAAAGAUAUUUUAAAAUUUUGAUAGAGACAAUUCAAAUAACCUUGACAUCACUGAAAUGUAUGAUAUGUUUUAAAAAUACGGAUUUAAAGUUACAGAAUAAUAACUUCAACAUUUCUUUAAAGUGGUAGACAAAGAUAAAGAUAAUGCAUUGAACUGGAAUGAAUUCAAGAAUUCCGUAUUUGAUGAAUAAGCAUCCAAAUUGUUCUAUAAUAUCAUCAAACAAAUUAGAGAAUAGGAUUAAAAUGAAUCUUAAAGUAACCAUGGUUAUAUUCCAUUUCAAUUUAAUGAAAUGAUAAGCUAUUUAAAUUAUCUAAUUAGUAGAGAUGAAUUACAAAAAUCCAUCUAGGAAGCUUAACAAACAACAUUUGAAAAAUUCUAAAAAUAUUUGACCUUGCUGGAAUUAAAUUAAAUUUAGAUGCAAAAUUUUAACAAUCAAACUUAAACAAAUAUCAAUUCAUAAGAAGAGUAAAAUUUUACCAAAAAAGAAAUUGAUUUCACUAAAACCUACUAAAAUAAAUAUAAAUCUUCCAAAAGUUCAUACUUAAAUGGCAAGGAUUUACCUCAAUUAUAAAAAUUGAAAUCGGAGAAAAAGAAAUAGACAAAUACUUUGUUAUAGUUAAAUAAAAGUAUAGAAAGUUCUAAAAUAAAUCUUUAAAACUCAAUCAGCUUUUAACCAACAUUUAAGAUAGAUAAAUUUUCAACCUAAUUAAAUUCUGAUUUCAAGAGUUUACACAAUAUGAAAUCUCUAUAAUUAAAAUUAAAUUAAUCUCCUUCGAAUCAGAAGAACUUUAUUCACAAACCUUAUUUAAAUUUGAAUUUAAAUAAAAUUAAUCAAAAUUAUAGGGAAUAAUUAUUUAGCUAAUAAUAGAUGAACGAUAAAAAUAAAUAUGGAAAUAAUCCUGAUAGACUUCCAAUAUCAAUUAUAUAAGAAUUAUAAAAAUUCAAACUCUUAUCUGGAUAAUUUAAGAAAAGAUCUCAGAGCAUAGAAAAAAAUUCACCUGAAUGUGAAACCAGAUGUAAUAAUCUUAAAUCUGAAUAUUCCAUAUUUAGAACAUCAACGGAAGUACUAAGUUAGAGCAAAUAAGUUUCACCAACAAAUAGUAAAUUAUGUACUCCAAGGUUAUGGAAGGAUGAAAAAUAAUUAAGCAGAAAAAAGUCACCAUUUUAGUAAGUUUUAAUUAACCUUUCCCAAUAGAAUCAGAAGGAAAGAAGAUUAGACAUAAAUUUAAAAGGGAGGUCCAUCUUGUAUAAAUGA